AUGAACAACACCGAGUAUGAAUACAAUAGAUCUUGUAUUGUCCUGAAUCCAUCCCAGAGAAAAGGACAGCCUAAGCAAAACUUUAGGAGGGACUUUAUUAAGAUUGUCAGGAAGAGUCAGUUCUUGAAGUAUAAUAAAUUCUUUGAAAAUGAGAUUAAUUCUACUGUCCUGAAUAAUAACCGCGAAAUUUAUGAAAACUGUGCUGAGUUUAUCAAGCAGCAUUGAAUUAGAAGCUUCUCAAAAGAUGUGCCUACCAAUAUAGUGAUCACUAAUUGAGAGAGCAGUGCUAACAAUGACACUCAGUUCAGUUCUCUAUUCGAUGAAUUGAAGAGAAAGCAUAUCUUGAGCUUUGUUAUUGACGAAAAGAAGUGCGGGACUACAAAAUAACAUGAUCAGUUAUAUCCAGAAAGGAGUUGCAGAUUUAUUCGGCCAUGAGAUUAACAUAGCAGCAGAAGAUUCAGAAGAGAUCAUGCCUGUCAUCUCUUCUGAUGGUAGUUCAAUUGAUGAAAAUGAGAAUGAGGAAGAAGAGGAUAAGGAUGGAGUUGAACUUCAUUAUAUUAGUCCAAGAAUUCGGAGGACAAUUCAAGAGUAUGAACCUAAAGCUGAAGUCAAUGAAAAGACAGCAAAAGAGUAUGAAAUUGGAAGAACUACCAUAUCAGAUUACAGCAAGAAAAGAGAGAGACUGAUAGAUGAUUACAAUGGUGAUAUAGAUGCAGAUGGAAACACGUUGGCUGUUGAUAAAAUUGGAUUUUCUGGUGUUAAAAAGAUCAUUAAAAAUGCAGAAUGCACCCUCCCAAUAGUGAUUGUAAUCCAGAAUAUAAAGACAUUUCCUACUGAAAAUUUAAAUGACCUUAUCUAUCUGAUCAAGAAAUAUCGGGCUAAACAUAAUCUGAAAUUAUGCUUGAUGAUAGGUGUGAAGAGCAAUAGUUUUGAAGACUUGAUGUCAAAAAUUAGUAUAACUACAUCGAACCUGUUGAUUGUGAAGAAAUACUAUUUUCCAUCAAUCAAGAGAAUUCUCUUGGAGGUUAUAUAUCGCCUGCUGAAAUCUCGUCGGAACUGUUACAUCUUCGGAACGAAGUUUUUAAACUCAAUUGUUGAAAAUAUCCAGGUCUAUGGGCUGAGUCUUGAAAAAUUUAAGAGAAUAAUGCACUUUUUGAUCGCUCAUCAUUUUAGAACAAAUAAGUACUUCUUUAUCAACGGAAUGAUAGAUGAUAGCAAAGAAAUUAUGAAAUUAGACCAAAUGAAGAGUGCUCAGCAGGAUAAAGAAUGUUUAGAUUCAAUUAUCAAACAAUUUGAAGCCCAGAAUGAGAAUAUAAGAGAGAUCAAAAAUUGAAUUACCAACAUAAACAAAUGCACUGUUGAUACUAUUGAUACUGAACCAGAAGUUUUGAAGUACGUUUUGGUUGAUUUUUAUCACAAGAAGUUGAAAUAUUUUAAAGCCUAUGAUCUUCUCGAGGAUUUAUGACUCAAUUUCUUACCCCAAAUGAGUGAAGAAGACAAAAAUAUAUUUAAAAACUGUUUUCUUCUCAAUCUGUUUUCGUGUAAAACAAAAGAGCAAAGAAUUGGAUGUGUUUUGGAAGAAUUAAAUGUAGCAGACUGGGAAGAAGUAGUAAAUUGGCUGGAAACCAACAUUAGCACUAAGAAGUCUGAAUUCCUUAUCGAAUCGGCUAAUUUUCUCCAAGAGAAGAUCAGAGAGGUUAAGACAUUUGGUUUGCAUAUUACAGGUAAAUCUAAAUCCAAUCACAGGAGGAAGGGAAUGCUCAGUAAAAAUAACAGAGAAAAUGGUGAUCAACCAGUUGAGGAGAGCAAACUAGAUUCUGAGGAUUAUAAAAAUAUAUUUAAGAAAUGGCUUAGGCAUUUUGUCCAUGAAUAUGUCAGUUUGAAUCUCGAUGAAAUUCAAAAAGAAGCUUUUAUUCUUGAAAACUCUCAAAUUACAGAAAGAAUUUGCCCAGAUAUCCAAGGAAAUAUGGCUAAGUCUAUAAUGCAGUCUUCAAAGUGCAUUUUCUCUAACUUUAUGGCAAAUUUUAAGAUAAAAUCAAAGGAAAAGUUAGUGAGGAGCAAAGAAGAGUACCUCCAUCAUUUUGAGAAAGACACCACCAAACUAAUGGAGGGGUACAGAAUGUUUGGAAAAGAUAUUGACAUCAAUGAAUGGUUCAUGUUGUUUUGAGAUAAAGUUAGAGAUGAAGAAGACAUACCAAAAACCAAAGAUUCCAAAAGAGUCCUAUCCGAAAGAUUUUUAAAAGCCCUUGGAGACCUUAAGUUUAUGGGCUUUAUUAGUGAAAGUGGAAGAGGCACUUAUAUCUUUAAGAGGAACUACUUUGGAAAGAAUUAUUUGAAAUUAUAAGACAACUAU